CGACGAGUACGUGCCGCCGCUGCGUAGAAAGCUGAGCACGCCGCUCGUUGCGCUGCCAGGCGCUGAAGGGCUGCUGGGUAUGCCACAUAUAACCCGCACAACACCUAGCCGUUCGCUUUCGCCGCUGGACCGGACAAAGCGUCGCUUCAGUACGAUGGUGUCCAGCGCUGCAGCGGCUGCGGUGUCGCGGAGACUGUCGGCUACCUUAGGUUGGUGCCUGGCGACUCCUACGCAAGUCAAGCCACAACUGGUUAGGCAAGGGCGCGCGUUGUGCUUGCAAUACAUCAAGGCACAGAUAAGACGAUCUACUCUCUGCGCGAAAAAGCAAAUCGUCAUGAAACGCUUGCAACGCAUGGUGGAGACGGAAUGCGGUGAAGAAGCCCAGACCAACCUGGACACCGGCAUUUUGACAGCUAUGAGGGCACUGUGCGCGGCCUUAGAACGCAAGAGGCCUGACGCGUUCAGACACGUAGCCCGUCAGGCCACGCGGGCGCCUUCUACCAUGCUGCGCUCGGAUACAGCACUAGCAGAACUUGCGCUGGCGCUUGCACGGCGUAUCACUAGGGAUAACCUCACUUGGUCCAAGAUUGCUGCGGUGUUCUGCAUUUGUGGAGCGCUGGCUCGCGAGGCGGCCGAGGCAGCGAAUGGGGAGCCGCCGUUGGAGCUGGUGGCAGCGCCGGCGGCGGCCAUCGCGGACCUCCUGCACGAGGAGCCUGGCUCCUGGGUCGCGGCUCGUGGAGGCUGGGAGGGUCUCAUCGAACGCCUCAAAGCCAGCGAGCGCGACCACCGCUCUGAGAAGGCGCUCCGAGUGAUGGUGAUUUUCUUCGUGGUGGCCUGCUUAUUGCUGCUAUUCCUGCGAUGGGUGCUGCGCGGUCACCCGAAUUACCGACUAUGACGCUACUAGUAUUAAACACAGGGGCUUUGGGGUUUAUCCCAAUCGAACCAUAAACAACAAUCAGUUAAAUUCUCAAAUCUAAAUAGACCGGACCGUAAUUUCAAAGGAUGCUCAACGUCCUUAUUGCCGUGUAACAAGGUUCACAAAACAGCUUCAAGUCAGUUUUCCAAUGCGAUUUUUUUUUCCGCAAAAGAAAAAGUGACAUUAGCAUUUCCCGGUUCAUCCAGACCGUUCGAUUGAUCUACUUAAAUAUCGAGAAUGUAGCUGGUUAAUUAACUAUGAAAGUAUUAAGAGGUAUGUUAAGAUAUCAAUAAAAACAUUUAUUUUA